AUGAGAUAGAAAUCCUUAUCACUAUUACCAAUAGCAUUUUUGUGCAGUUUAUCUAUAAACUCAGUUUUUUGUCAAUAAAAAUGCAGAGCUCUUGCUUUAUCUGGAGGAGCCAACAAAGGAGUCUAUGAAGUGGGAAUCUUGUAUGGAUUCGCUCAUAGUGAUCAUGCACCAGAUUACUACUACGAUGUAGUAACUGGAGUAUCAGUUGGAGCAAUAAAUGCUGGAGCAGUAGCAGCCUGGAAAAAGGAAGAUCUGUUGCCGAUGAGUGAGUGGUUAAAGGAACUUUGGAGUAAUCUAACUACAGAUAAAGUGUAUUAGAAAUGGACAACUGGCUAUGUUGAUGGUUUAAUGAAUCAAAGAGGUCUUUAUGAUAAUUCCCCACUUCUCAAUACUCUCCAAAAUGCCUUAUCAUAAUUCAAGUAAUUAGGGAAAAAAUUAGUUGUUGCAGCAGUAGAUGUUAAUACUGGGUAAUAUGUUACGUUUGACGAACAAAUCCCAAUGAAAGAUGUUCCUACAGCAAUUUUAGCAUCUGCAUCUAUUCCAUUUGUUUUCCCCCCAACAGUAUUCCAGGAUCACACUUUAAUGGACGGUGGAACCGUGUGGAACACCAAUUUAGUUUCAGCAGUUGAUAAAUGUAAAAGUAUGGGUUUCAAAGAAGAAGAUGUUAUAAUUGACACGAUCAUGAUGGACCAGCCUGCUCUUUCAACAGAAGAUAAGGGCAAGUCUCUUAACAGCAUUGAGAAUUUCUUUAGAAAGAGAGAGAUCACUAGCUACUAUUAUACAAUUAGUGACAUCGAAAGAUUCAAGAAUGCACUCCCUAAGGUCUUUCUUAGACAUUUUAUUACUCCAUCUAUACCAUUAGCAUCUGGACUAGGUAAAUUGAGUUUUGACUGGAAGGACACAGAGUUCAUGUUUAAUGCAGGGCUAAAGGAUGCUUAGACUUACUUAGGCAAAGAACCAGGCAGAGCAUUCAUGCUUAUGGAUUAGUGGAAGAAGGACCCUUCACUUCAAAAGGAGUUCCCUCAGUUCACAUCAUAUAUAGGCAAGCAUUUAUAUUCUGACCAUCUCUAUUGA